UAACUUCCGGUUUUUAAAAACGUUGAAAUGGCGUCAAAACGUAAAGUAGACUUUGCAGAAGGUGAUAAUUUGAUCGUCAAAGGUGGCGACGAAUCACGGAGGUUCAAAGGAAAACACUCACUUGACAGCGACGAAGAAGACGAAGACACAGAAAAAUACGAUGUCAUGCCAGAAGAUGAAAUAGAAGGACAAGAAGAUUCCACGAUUGAACGUGAUGGAGAAAUACAGAUUACACCGUUUAACAUGAAGGAUGAGUUGGAGGAGGGACACUUUGAUAAGGAAGGGACGUACAUCUACGACAAGAAAAAUGAGAUCCGCGACACUUGGAUGGAUAACAUUGACUGGGUCAGAGUAAAAGAAAUACCAAAGUCCAAAACCGAUUCAGAUGAUGAUUCAGAGGAGGAGCAAAUCAACGAGGAAUCCAUUUUAAAAGAAAUGCUGAACUAUGUUAAACCAGGGGAGACAAUCACGAAAGCCAUACGAAGGCUUGGUGUGAAAGGUGGCAAAUUCCAAACUGCCAGUCAGCGCUGGAAGGCAAAGAAACUGAAACUUGAAGUUAAUGAUGAAAACAGUGCAAAAGACAAAGAGAAUAUGUUAAAAUUGACAGGAUUGGCUGAUCAGCUGAUGAGUGCCGGUAAUAUGGAGGUUUAUGAAAUGACAUACGAGAAAAUAAGUUACGAGUUAAAAAAGUUUGAAGACACUAAACCAAAGCCUGUCAGUAUUCCUGAAGGUAUGGACGACGACGAUGCUCUGGACAUGUUUGCAGAAAGUCUGGAUAAAGAGGUGGCGGAAAAUGAUCCUGAAAAGAAUCACACAAAAUCUGAGAAAAAUGCAUCUCCGAAGAACUCUGAAUCAACUAACGAUGAGAACUCCGGUAUGGCGUCCCCUGGCCCCGCGGGGAAGCCUCCCGCGGUGAAGCCUCCAGCGACUGACCCCGCGGGGAAGCCUCCGGCGACUGACCCCACAGAGGUCAUGUGGGAGUAUAAGUGGGAAGAGGUAGAGGACGCAGAGAUGCACGGACCCUUCACUUCGACCCAGAUGUUACAGUGGACGGAGGAGGAUUACUUCCCGGACGGCGUGCUCAUACGAAAGGUCAACACUGACAAGUUCUACAACUCUAAGCGGAUAGACUUUGAACUCUACACAUGAUUGAGUCAUAGAAUUUGACCUUCAAGAUUAUAGACUUUCAAUAUAGAUGGGCCAUAAACUUGGACCUUGCAGAUGAAAAACUUUGACCUCUACGCACAAUCUGGGCCAAUAGUUUUGUCUCUGUCACCUGGUGUGGGUUGUACACUUUAAGUAAGUGGGCGAUAUAUUUUGACCUUGUUGGCUAAUAAAAUUUCAUCUCUGCAAGUGACUUUGGUCUAAGAUUUCAUUUUGAGUCAUAAGCCUGGAAAUUUGAGAAAAAUUGAAUAAAUUUGAAAAAGUAUACUAGAAGACAGAUUUUAACCACAAGUUAUUGUUCAGCUCUGGGAAUUGUGUAACAAUAUUUUUUGUUUAUAUAUAUAUACUGUAAAACUAAAAAAACACAAAUCUGGCAGCAAUCAGGUCCCCAAUAGCAGUUUGGAUGAGACCAGGAGAGUUUACACUGUCACUUUGUCUAAAGUAGGGCCUCAUUACGUUUUUAGAGAGUCAUCUUAUUGGAUGGGGGUGGGGAUGACGAUUAGAGUAAGGGAAAUGAGAGUUGAGGGGCUGGAGAGUAGAGGGGCUGGAGAGUUGAGGGGCUGGAGAGUAGGGAUGUUUGUGUUCAGUGUUACAUCUUCAUGCAAAAUGUAGGUAUAAAGUUUUAUGUGUCAUUUACAUUUUUUUGAGGUGGUUUUUUUUUUGACAAACAAACUCAACUCUAUAUAUAGCUCUAAACUAAAAGUCGAUUUGUUUUCAAUAAUUUUAUUAUAUAGAUGAUUCAUGAAAGAUUAUUAUUAAAAUACUGCAAUAGCGUUGAGGAAAAACCAAAGGCUUCAGUUGUUUUAUACAAGUGAAACUGUUCUUUAUGACAAUAAGGUUUAACCUGGUCAGCCCGAACAAUCUCAUGCCAGCUGAAAACAUAUUUUCGUAACAAAAAAAGCACAUCAUAUAAAACUGAUUUUUGGCA